AUGGGCUAAUGCUAUACUACUUGUCGACCAGGAGGCUAAAAAGAAAGUUCUAAUGACCUUAGAGAUCAAGUAUCUCAAAAUGAGAAUUUGAGACCUGGAAGCGUCCUUGAUAUUUCCUCCAAAAAUUCCAUAAUAUUGCAGCAGCAUCUUAAGACUCAUUCAAAUAAUGAGCUUUCCCCUUUUAGCAGCAGAAGCUUUAUUAUGACUGAUGUUAAUGGUUCAAUGCUUGCAACUAGUCCUAUAAGAAAAAUAAAAAACUCAAAAGACUAAAUAAAUCUCUACAUCAAAGAGUAAUAAAAGCAACUUAUGAAGAGGAAUAAGUAAUUAUUUCUCAAAGAUUAUUCUAGAGAUGACAUGCAAAUACUCAAUACAGAUGAGAUUCUUGCGAAGCCAAAAUUAUCUGUACUACAAUAGUAAAAACAAUAUCUUUUGAAUCAGCUGGUAAGAGUCCAGGAAAAGAGAAUGAAUUUAGAAAAAAGGCAUGAAGAUAUAACUUCAGAAUAGUUACCAUAUAUAAUGGUUGGAAGCAAUUUUAUGAAAGUGAAGUAGGAAAUUGAAGUAACAAAAUAUCAAAAGCUAAUCAUUGAGAUUUAAAAUAUAGUAAUAGACUAGUCACUAAAUAAUAAAGAUAAGGCAAGAGUGAUUAUUUAACAAUCACUUGAUAGUAUACCAGAAGAAAUCCAUCUAGUAUUGUAGGAUGAAAGUAAUUCAAAACUCCUUGAAAGCAUGAACACAGAAAGAAAAGGCAACAAAAAAGGUGAUAAAUGCAAAAAGAAAAAAGCUGCUACUAGAGAGAAUACAGUAAAUAAUAGAACCAGUCGAGGCUCUACAAAGGAACUUUUCAAAGGAAUUGCUAAAAAGGUCAAUUCUAAAGGAUUAGUCAGAAAUCUAUUUUAGACAUUCACAGAAAAUCAUCAUUACAAUGAGGACAAUAAUAAUGCUGUUGAUUAUAAUUAGUUCUAUAAAAAUCGACUGGAUACUAACAGUAAAGAUUAAUCCUAAGAAGAAAAGUUUGAAUUAACAAAUUUAGGCUGCAAAUAUUAUUCAACAUAAAGCAUUAAGUUUGAGAACCAAGAAUAGAUCAGAAAGACUAAAUACUUAUUCACUAAAAAUAAAUUAGAUAAAUCUGAAGAAUUUUCAGUUUUUGAAGCUUUUGUGCUGUAUUUUGAUAGAGCCGAAGCUAAUGUAUUAAAGCGUAAAUUUUCAAUUGAAUUAGGAAUGUUUGGAAGGAAUAGUGAAUGCUAGAUGAUAGGCAAAAGACACACAUUUAUGAUUAAUUAAUUCAAAGUAGGAAAGAUAUUUGAGAAGGAAAUCAAUUUCUAAAGUGAAGAGAACUAUAACGAUCUGGAUGAUAAAGUAUAAAAAAGAUAGAAACAAGAAAAAGCUAUAAGUGGCAAAGUCAUGAUUAAGUUCUAACUUUUUGAAAAUGAGUAAACUCAAAUAUUGGAACAAAUUGACAAUCUAAGAUUUAAAGAGGACAAUAUUCAGGAAUAAUUGUAUAAAAUUGAUGAUAUAAUGACUAGCCUUGUCUUGCAAGCAUAGGAUUAUCAAAAAAUUCUCUAGAAAGAGCUAGCUCUAGAUGGCAAUAGUACAUAGAAUAACUCUUAAUAAUACUCAAAGUAUCUUGGGGAAACUACGCCAACAACUAACAAAGAUGAACUUAAAAAAUCACCAUAGUCAUCCUAGGUAAAGACUUUUCUGUACCAUGAUCAGAGACUUCAUAAUUCAGAUUUUGGAGGAAAUUACCAGGUUUUAUAUGAAAAUGAAUCAGAAUAAUAUUAAGAUGAGUUUUAGAUAAACAGAUUGAGUUAAUAAGCUUGCUUUUACUAGGGACAAUUAAAGUUUAUGGAUUCCAAUAGGGAGAAUGAUAGCUGUAAUAUUUAGCUGAGAAAUAAAAUAGAUGAAAGCUCAAGCAACCAAAGUAGCCACUAAAGUUCCAAUAAAAGAACAGUAAUGAGAAAAACUUCCCACCAAGAUCAUUUGCUAAUAUCAAAGAGAAGAUUAUCUGAAGCAGUGGAAUUUAAAUACACAAGAAGUUAAAGUAAGAUUCCAAACUGA